AAAGGGAACAGCCCAAUGACUAUCGCCACCCUUUCUACGUGCCGGAGUGCGGUGACUACUGUAGCGGUGACUUUGCUCAAGUGGCGAGAAGAAUGCUCGGUCGUGUUGUGCUCUAGCUGUGCCCACUGCUUGAACCAGAAUGAGCGAACUUACGCCAGACGAGCUGCGCAGGCGACGCCUGGCACGGCUAGCUGUGCGUGUGCCGAGCAUGGAAAACGCCAUGGAGACUGAAGAAGAGGACUGCCCCAGCAAGAGUGCCGAUGUUGGCAUCGACAGCAUGGAGACAGACGAGCCACUACCAGAGCCAGUCGCCGCAGCACUGUCCAACAAGAGCAGCGAAGACCUGCAUGAGUGGUUGCUACAGCUGCUGGGGGAAUCACCACCGCUUUGCUCAACGUCACCAGCAGCUCUGCAGAAUAUGGGAGCAAGCAACACAACAGGUCUGCCUACUGCUGAGCUUGUGCAGCUGUGUCUUGCGGAGAACGUGCAGAGGGUCAGGCUACAGGCUGAAAGGGUGGACGAGGGUCACAGGCAUGUGCUGGAGUACCUGCUCUCCUGCUAUGACCGUGCUGGCCUAAAGGAGAGGACCAACCCACGGGACCCGUUGGUGUUGCAGGAGGUGCGAACGCAAGCAGUGCGGCAGGCCGUGCUGCUGUUGCGAGGCGUUCUGGCUGGACCCAGUGCCUCCUGGAAACGAAGCCUGCUGCUGGAUCCCCUGCUGGAGCAGCGACUACCCAGUGGAUUCCUCCAAGAGGUGCUGGAAGUGGCUGCUGGUGACCACGACUGCAUGCGUCAGGUGUUUGUUCCUUUGGUGCGAGGAGUGGUGGAGCGCAUGCGCAGCUGCUCUCUGCAGUCGGAGGUGCCCCAUUCCCCCUUGGCUGCUCUGGUGGAGCUGACGCAGUUGCGCUUUCAAGGAGGAUGGCCGGUCUGCCAGUUGAUGGUGGACGACCCCUUGUGGCUGCCCACACCUAUGACAGCCAGUGGAGGCCGCGAGCUGAGCCGGCUCUCGCUGCUGGGCCCCUUCCUAGCCCUGUCACCUUUUGCCGAGGACGAGCCUAGCCUCGUGCGGGCCUACUACGAGGAUCGGGACCCAGAGCACGUGCAGCUGGCGCACCACACGCUGCAGGGCAAGUUGGAGACUGCCAGGGCCCAGUUGCACGUGGUGAUGCGCUCCCUGGUGCGGUCGUGUCGGGAAGAAGUGCUCACGUGGCUGGGGUCGGUGCUCAAGGCCAACGAGCGGCGCUGCCAGCUCCAAGUGGAGCCUCGCCACGUGGCCUCGGACGGCUUCAUGCUCAACCUGGCUGCCGUGCUGCAGCUGCUGGCCCUCCGUGUCCAGCCAGACAAGGUGGAUCCUCAAUACCCAUUCUACCACGGAGCACGAGUUGACAUCAAAGCCGACACACGGCUUUGCAUGACAACCCCAGAGGCAGAGCAGUUCUCUGAGGAGAUACGGUUACAACCCCAGAAAGAGGCCAAUUUCUCGACGGAAUGCCUGUUCCUGGCGAUGCAAGCGUCCCACCUGGGCGUAGUGCCUGCGAUGGCCCGCUACGGUCGCCGACUGCGUGUGCUGCGGGAGCUGCAGCGGCUUGCUCAAGAGAUGGCAGCCAGCCAGCCCCUGUGGGAAGACGGCCCUGCUGCCGUCCACAAUCGCCGUCUGCUAGCCAAGUGGCGUGCACAGGCACGGCGCGUGGCCCAGAGCAAGCUGUGUGCGGACGCUGGCCUUCUGGACCCCCUGCUGCUGAGCCGCUGCUUUGGACUCUACAACCUUGCUGCUGCCGUGUUCAUGGCCGUGCUCCAAUCGGCUCCAGCAGAUGCAUCUUCAUUGCCCAAGCUGUUUGCUGCCUACCCCGAGUGGUACAUCGAGGACAUCGCCGAUUUCUUGCUCUUUGUGAUACAGUAUCGAGCGCAGGCAGUGGAGGCGGCGGAGGCAUCCCUGGUCGAGCUGCUGGCACAGCUGCUGUGCUCGGCCAACCGGUUGGGCAAGCCCUACCUGAGCGCCAAACUGGUCGAGGUGCUGUUUUGCGCCACAGUGGCAGGCAGCUGUGGCCAGCUGGCAGGGCGGCUGCUCGACCUGCCCUGUGCUCAGCAGCAGCUGGGACCAGCCCUCAUGCGCUUCUACACAGACGUCGAGUCCACGGGCGCUGCAUCCGAGUUCUACGACAAGUUCACCAUUCGCUACCACAUCAGUGUGCUGCUCAAGGCGCUCUGGGAACGGCCACGGCACAGGGAGGCCAUUCUCAAAGAGGCCUCGCAGGCAGGCCGCCAGUUCGUGCGCUUCGUCAACAUGCUGAUGAACGACACCACCUUCCUGCUGGACGAGUCGCUGGAGAGCCUCAAGCGGCUGCACCAGGCCGCAGCCACUGACUGGGACAGCGUGCCAGUGAGCGAGCAGCAGGGCCGCCGCCGACAGCUGGCCCUGGACGAGCGGCAGUGCCGCUCUUACCUGACCCUGGCCAGGGAGACGGUCGACACACUCCACUACCUUACUGCACACGUGCCCGAGCCCUUCCUGCGACCUGAGUUGGUGGACCGGUUGGCAGCCAUGCUUAACUCAAACCUCGGACAGCUGUGUGGGCCACGCUGCAAGGACCUGAAGGUGGCACAGCCCGAGAAGUACGGCUGGGAACCUCGGCGGCUGCUGGACCAGUUGACGGAUGUGUAUCUGCACUUGGACUUCCCACCUUUCCUGUCGGCCGUAGCACGGGACGAGCGUUCCUAUCGACCGCAGCUGUUUGCAGAUGCGGCAGCCCGGAUGCGACGAGCCUGUGUCAAGCCGCAGCCGCGGCUCGAGCAGUUCGAGCAGCUAGUGUCCCGCAUUGCAGCCGCUGCCGAGCAGGCACGUCGCCAUGCCGACUAUGCGGAUGCACCGGACGAGUUCCGUGACCCUCUCAUGGACACACUCAUGGAAGAGCCCGUGGUGCUGCCCAGUGGACAUGUUGUGGACAAGGCGACCAUUGUGCGCCACCUGCUCAACUCGAACACCGACCCAUUCAACCGGCAGCCCCUCACAGAGGAAAUGCUGCGGCCAGAUGAAGAACUCCGACAACGUAUCACUGAGUGGAAGCAGUCCCGAUCUGGCCAGUGAACCAGUGCAUCAACUCUGCCAAAUACCAACGUUGGAGCAUCAGAAUUGUGUCUUUGGUGCGGAUAAAAUAUUUAUUGCACAUGUCGUCGAGGGUUGCCAGCUACAACUGCUCCGGACCAUACUGUUUUGGCUUGCAGAGACAAACGUACCUGAGCCUGAAAAAGUCCUUUUGCCAGUAGCGGCAGCAGCGCUCUACAAAAAAUGCUCUUUUGCAAAAGGAGGUACCGCCCUCACGCAGCCUACAAAGGCAGCCAACAGUCAAAGCAUGUCAUUUUGUAAAUUUUCCAGAAUUGCAUCUUCUGGUCAAUAAUAAAUGUGGCACUAAGUGUCUCUUGCUCUU